AUGCAACUUAAUCAAGAGUUAAUAACAAUUUAUUUCAAAACAUGCAUAUUUUUAAAAUGUGUUAUUACAUGUAUAAUCAAAAUAUAAAACAGUUUUUCACGUGAAAAUGAAUAUAACAAAGUGUUGCUAUUAAAAAAAGUGAAAAAGCGAAAGCUCGUCUAAAUUCUAAUUGGUAUUUUUAUACAAGUUGAAAAUAAUUUAAAUAUGUAAAUAUAUGUUAUUAUAAAAUUAAAAAUACAAUAAUUUUGCUAAAAUUAACCAAAUACUAAAAGUAAUUAUUACGUGAGACGUUGCUCGGGUUGCGGUAGCCAUUAUUUUUUUCGUAUGUGUUUUUUUCUUUAUGCCCGAUUAGUUUUAUAAAUGAGUAAAUGAGAAUAGAAGAAAAAGAAAAUAAGACGAAAAAUAACAACUACAAACAAGCUCAUAUAUACAUCAAUUGAUUGUGUGUGGAGUAAGGAGUGGUACUGCCUGCAUUCUAAUUGGUAUUUAAGAAUGAACAAAGUGGAAUAGAAAAUUGAAAAGUAUAAAAUUUAUUUAGCAACCAAAUAUUGCAGCAAAACCUGUUAGUUGCGAUAACAAUGUUGCCAACUUUUACUAGGUUGCGGUUAUUUAAAAAAUGAAUACUGAUAAUGCAAUUGCUAAUGCAACAACUCCUGGUGAGUCAACAACAGCGGCAACAGCAGCAACAUUAUCAAAUACAACUACCACAACUGUUUCAGCAGUUGCAACAUCAAAUGGCUAUGAUCCGCAGCAGCAACAAAAUCGUCAUUCGCCUUUGCAACAACAACAACAGCAGCAGCAACAACAAUCCCAAUUAAAUGAGUCGCGUCAUAUUUUAACUAUUGUCCAACAACCAAAUCAAACAUCUCCACACUAUAUGUCUACGGCGAAUGUUAAUAGUAACCAAAGUGGUACUACGGGUGGUGGCAUAAACCACAUAACGACCACACCGAUACCCUUAACAAUGUCCUCGGCGACGGCAACAACACCAUCAACAAUCGUUGAGCAUAAACAUAUAACUUCCACAAAUCCGACAACAACAACACCAUCUACUGGGGAUGUGGCUUCUAGUUCAGUUGUUGUACCCAUGAGCACCACUUUAGUGUCAGCACAUGAUACACAUUUGCUGCAUCAUCAUCACCAUCAGCAUCAUGUACAUCAUCAUGUAAAUCAAGCUGCAGGCUCGCCUUUGUUGCUUAGUAGUGCUGGUCCUACAACUCCAACGCCUACAACGGGAACACUUUUAGCCAAUAAUUCACAAAAUUUGGGUAAAUAUUGGGUUGUGACAAACUUGUUUCAAGGAGCACCAGGUCAACCGGCUCAAUAUAACGAGGCAGGUAUAACGCACACACAAACAUCUAUAGCAGGAGUGCCUUCAUCAACAUUAGUGCGUGCGAUAUCCACAACUGCCGGCAGCCCAACCGUGGUUACAAAAACCGAGGCAGUUUCUAGCAGUGCGGGAACGCUGCAAAUACCACAAACCCAAAUGUUAUCUCAAGCGGGAAUAGGACAACAACUGCCAAAUGGCACAAUUAUAACAACCCAGGCACAGCAGCAACAACAACAACAGCAGCAGCAAAGACAUGUAGCAGAACAUCAGCAGCAGCAACAACAACAGCAGCAGCAACAAUUGCAUGUUCAUGCCUUAAAUAAUGCAGAGGAUAAUCGCCAGCAACAACAACAACAGCAGCAACAACAAAUGAGCCAACAACAGCAACAACAUGUUGCUGUUUUACAAUCAAGCGAUCAAGUCAUAAAAGACGAAAAACCUUUCGCUUCCAAUGGCAAAAUAACUGCAACCAAUCAACAGAUCAUUAUGCAGCACAUAUCAACUGCAGCAUCCUCUGGCAGUCCGGCUACCUCUGGUGCCACUACCAUAACACUAGGUGCACCCAAAACAGAAAUUAAAGAUGAUGGUAGCGUAGUCAUGAGCGGAAAAUUACAUCCCGGCAUUGAAAUGUAUAAAGUAAAUAUCGAAGAUAUAUCUCAACUAUUUACCUAUCAUGAGGUUUUUGGUAAACUACACGGUGAUGUUAUGAAUCAUCCCUUGGCAGCAGCCCAUGCAUCCUUACCAGCUGCUGCAAAUAAUAAUAUUGCUUCAGCGGUUUCAGCCACUACCACAAGUGCGGCUGAGGUUAAUAAUACAACUAGUGUAACUAUGGUAACCAAUAGUGUCCCUAUAACAGAAUCCACCAGUACAAGUACUGUAGGUUCCGGAGGUGUGGUUGCUACAACCAGUGCAGCGGCUAACUUAACAACAGCCAUUGCUACAAACGCCAAUACUGCAGUAACUGCUACUGCAACGACAGCUGGUGUAACUGCUGGAGGCCUGCUAAUGCCGAAAAUGGAAGGGGGUAUUGCAAAUGUAGACCAAAAUACUGUUACUUUAGCGCCCGACGGCACUGUAGUGUCUACCGGGGAACACGUUUGCGACAUAUGCGGAAAAAUGUUUGCCUUCCGCUAUCAAUUAAUCGUUCAUCGUCGUUACCACACUGAACGUAAACCUUUCAAUUGUCAAGUCUGUGGUCAGGGCUUUUUUACCUCUCAGGAUCUUACACGGCAUGGCAAGAUUCAUAUCGGUGGACCAAUGUUUACUUGUUUGGUGUGUUUCAAUGUUUUUGCCAACAAUGCCUCUUUGGAGCGUCACAUGAAGCGCCAUUCGACGGACAAGCCAUUUGCCUGCACGAUAUGUCAGAAAACAUUUGCCCGCAAAGAACAUUUGGAAAAUCAUUUCCGCUCGCACACUGGCGAAACUCCAUUCCGGUGCCAAUAUUGUGCUAAAACAUUUACACGCAAAGAGCACAUGGUAAAUCAUGUGCGUAAGCACACGGGAGAGACUCCGCAUCGUUGCGAAAUCUGUAAGAAAUCAUUCACGCGCAAGGAGCACUAUGUUAAUCACUAUAUGUGGCACACUGGUCAAACACCUCAUCAAUGUGAAGUAUGUGGUAAAAAGUAUACACGUAAAGAACAUUUAGCAAAUCAUAUGCGUUCACAUACAAAUGAUACACCAUUUCGUUGCGAAAUUUGUGGCAAAAGUUUUAGUCGUAAAGAGCAUUUUACUAAUCACAUAUUAUGGCAUACAGGAGAAACUCCUCAUCGCUGUGAUUUCUGUUCGAAAACUUUUACGCGUAAAGAACAUUUAUUGAAUCAUGUACGUCAACAUACUGGGGAAUCACCGCAUCGUUGUACAUACUGUAUGAAAACGUUUACGCGCAAAGAACAUUUAGUCAAUCAUAUACGUCAACACACUGGCGAAACACCCUUUAAGUGCACUUAUUGCACCAAAGCGUUCACGCGAAAAGAUCACAUGGUCAAUCAUGUGCGUCAGCAUACCGGCGAAUCGCCACACAAGUGUACAUUCUGUACGAAAACGUUUACGCGCAAAGAGCACUUAACGAAUCAUGUGCGCCAGCAUACUGGCGAGUCACCGCAUCGUUGCAGCUAUUGCAAAAAGACUUUUACACGGAAGGAGCAUCUUACGAAUCACAUACGUUUGCACACAGGUGAUUCGCCGCACAAGUGUGAAUAUUGUCAGAAAACCUUCACACGCAAGGAACAUCUCAACAAUCACAUGCGUCAACAUUCUAGUGAUAAUCCACAUUGUUGCAAUGUCUGCAAUAAACCAUUUACGCGCAAAGAACAUUUGAUAAAUCACAUGUCCCGCUGCCAUACGGGUGAUCGGCCAUUUGCCUGUGAAACAUGUGGAAAAUCAUUUCCGCUCAAGGGUAAUUUACUCUUCCAUCAACGUAGUCAUACUAAGGGUCAAGAAAUGGAGAGACCAUUUACGUGCGAAAAAUGCCCCAAAACAUUUAUUUGCAAAGGACAUUUGGUAUCCCACAUGCGAUCUCACUCCGGCGAGAAACCGCAUGCUUGUACUUUAUGCAGUAAAGCGUUUGUCGAAAGAGGAAAUUUGAAGCGUCACAUGAAAAUGAAUCACCCAAAUGCUCCAAUGCCACCACCCCCAGUGCCACAUCCAGUUAUACCAGCAGGAGUUUUGCCUCAAAUUAAACAGGAAAUUAAACCAGUUAUCAGUGAAUUAAAUCCUCUACAAACUACAGCUCCAACCAUGCAUACCAUACAACAAAUAACAGCAGGAGCAGCGGCAAAUACAGUGCAACUAACAACGGGUUUGACGCCUUUAGUGACGUCAACUAUAACAUCUCAUGCUACACAAAAACAAGCGACACAGCCGCAAGCUCAAGUGCAGCAACAACAGUUGCAACAACAGCAGCAACAACAACAAGUAGUAACAACACACCAACAACAGCAGCAGCAACAACAACAACAGCAGCAGCAGCAACAACAGGUGACAGCACAUCAACAAGUUUUACAACAGCAGCAACAACAACAACAUCAGCAAAAUCAAUUAUUACAAUUGUCUAUACAGCAAGCAGCUGCGGCUGCAGCUCAUCAGCAAAUACAACAACAACAGCAGCAACAACAGCAGCAGCAGCAACAACAGCAUCAAGAGCAACAACGCCAACAUCAUCAUCAACAACAGCAGCAGCAACAACAACAGCAGACACAACAGCAAGCCCAUCAUCAACAACAGCAAACAGCUUCAAAUGUUACUGUCGUUGCUGCCGCUCACCAACAGCAGCAACAACAACAGCCAUCUCAACAACAACAAACACAAAGUCAACAGCAACCACCACAAGUGCCAAUCGCUUUAAUACAAACCGAUCAGGAAGCUUUGGCCCGUGCCACAAUGCAACAAUUGCAGCAUAUGCCCGCUAAUGUUGAACAACAUCCCGUUGUUUACUAACAAAAACAUCAACAGCAACAGCAAAAUAACAAUUUAAUUACUUGGUAGCAAAUCAUUGAAUCACACAAAGUCUAUAAGUUGUUUUCUGUUUAAGAAAGGUAAUUAUUUUUAAUUAAUAUUAUUUCAAUUCUCGAAACUGUGAUCCACCAGUUUUUAAAAUUUCUAGUUCACAUACAUACGUGUCGACAAACUUUUUUGACAUUUGCUAUUUUGCGAGAUUGAAAUAAAAAUGCAAUACAUAUUAUAUGAACGUUUCUGAAUAGAAUUUCUUAAUUUUCACAAGAAAUAUGCAAAAAAUUAUAUAAUGAAUAUAGCAACAUUCGGAAAAUCAUUUUAACACGUAGUUCAAAGCCAUUUUUUUUAGUCGUCAAGCUUGUCGUCAUAUACAUAUAUUUGAAUGUCUAAUGGGCUCGUAAUACUUUGGUUAUUGCUUCUUUUAUAUUAUUAUAAAGAAAAUAUAUUUCUUUUGUUAGUUUCUUAACUUGUACUUUUUAAUUUUUGGUUUAUAAAACCAAAUAAAUAGAAACUUGUAUUUCGUUUGAGCAAUUUAAUGAAUUAUACUACGAAACUACUUUUUAAGUUUUUGUAAUAUUUCAAUGACUUUAAAAAUACAAAAUAUUUAGAGUUAAUUAAAAGUAUUUAUUUCGUUUUUGCUGUUGGGUAAUGGUUUUUUUUUUUAUUUUCAACAUGUCAAUGUAUUUGUAUGGGUCGACAAUUAAUUUUUGAAACUAAAACUUGUAUAAUAUAUUUUAAUAUAUUAGUUUAUUACUUUAAAAUUGUUGUUUUCUAUAAAACAUAUACAUACUAUAAUAUUUUUAUUAAAGGAAAAUAUAAUUUUAUAUAUAAAUAUAUAUAUACAUACAUAUAUAUUUUUUAUUUUAAUCUUAACACGACUUUUCCAUUUGUGUUCUUUAUAAUUUUGUUUAAUGAAAUGCAACAAAUGUCAAAAUUGUAUCUAAAGAAAUUUGUUUAUACUUAAUAUUUAUAAUGUUUUCGUUGAUUUUUGUGCAAUAAUGCUUUCUAUUCAUGUUUAAUUUUUAUAAUUAUUUCCACAAACUAAAAUUAUUAAAAUUAAUUUUCGAUUGUAUAAUUUUGCUAUAGUUUAUAGUAGCUGGGCUACUAUUGUUGAAAGAAUUUAAAAAAUUUUAAAACAUUUGAUUAUUGUUUUAAUUAACGGCAGUUAUAAAGGCCAUAAUAAUCAUUAUUAGAAAAAUAUGCAGUAGUUUUUUUUUAUUAGAACACAAAUGGUUGAAAUGUUUGUAAUAACCCCAUUGUUUUUUUUUUAACCUUAAAAUAUGCUUUAAAUAUUUUUAAAAUUAUUAAAUGAUAUGUACUACAUACAGCAUAAUAUUAAUACAUACUUUGAAAUAUAUUAUAAGAGAUAUAUAAUUAAAACAAAAAUAAAAACUAUUAGAUUUUAGAAAAACGUAUUUAUAUAAAUAUAUUAAAUUAACAAUAAACCCAAAUGAAUUAAAUGCAUAAUAAUCGAAUUCAUCAACCACAAUUUUUGUUUAAACUCAUUUACCCCCCAAAAUAAAUAUAUGGUUAUUUUCAUAAUUAAUAUUGAUUUCUAUUUUUUUUUUUCAAAUUAUAUUUUUAAUCUCUCACAAGUUCACUUAUGUCAUAAUAAAAAAAAUAACAAAUAUAAGUUGUUAAAUGCAAACAAAAAACACUAAAAAUAA